GAAAAUUGUCCAUAUUUUCCACUGAAACGGCACGCAGAGAGAGGACAGCGCAAGAAAUGUGGCUUGAGGUUGUGUUGGCUGGUGGCAGUGCGCUGGCGGCCGUGCUGCUGGUCUACCUGUAUCGCUCCAAAUUUAUGCUGCCUCGCCACCCUGAGGCCCCGGACACGCCCCGUUCAGGAAACCCCGCAGAUGAGGUGGUGCUGUACAGCUUUCCACCAGUGCCGGGCACCCUGUUCUCGACAAGCCCCUUUGGUGCCAAACUCGAGAUUUUCCUGCGGCUCGCCAACAUUCCAUUCACCACCAAGCCUGCAGACUUGGCGCGUGCUCCGAAAGGCAAGGUGCCAUACAUUCAGCAUGGCAACAACCUCAUUGGCGAUUCCACCUUCAUCAUUCGCUACCUUCUCGCCACGUAUGGCAAGCCACACCAGUCGUACUUUGGCAAGCUCCGCCUGUCCCUGACACCCUAUGAAGUCAGCAUCGGCCAUAUGGUGCAGGUCCUCUGCGAGACCAACAUCUACAACGCUCUUCUGUGGAGCCGGUGGCUGUGCGGGGAGAGCGACUUUGUGAAGAACAACUUCUUUGGCAUGAUUCCGCGCCCGAUUCGCGGUCUCAUCUUCGCCAUGGUCCAGCGCAGCAUGUUCGACUGGCUCUGGGGCCAAGGCUUCAUCCGGCAUUCGCCUCACGAUGUCGUCACGCUGAGCAAGCUGGACAUUGAUGCAAUCGACACGCUGCUUGGCAACAAGAGCUUCCUCUUUGGCGACGAGCCCACCGUGUACGACUGCACAGCCUUCUCCUUCCUGGAGCCGUUUGUCAACUCCGACCUUGAGCUCCAGGGUCUGCGCACGUACGUGUGUUCAAAGGGUCGUAUCGUCAACUUUGUCAACCGCAUGCGACACCUCAUUCCACAAGACAAGUAAACGCACACACCCACACCCACACACACGCUCACAAGUACGCACAGCUGUUUAUUUAUUGUCAAGGGAGAAAGGAGGAAUGUAACUGGCGGAGAGUAAGUCAGCCAAAGCGCAGCUGAAUACGAAAA